CGGGUUUUAACUUUCGCAACGUCGGUUUGGGUCGAAUGUUGGAGGUAUAAGAGGCUUGAUUUCUCCGUUCUGGAGGCUUUUUGUUUUUCACUUUCUCUAUUCGCACUUGACAACUUGUAUCUCGCAACCAGUUCUCGAUUUUUAUACACAUACACAUACACAUACACAUACACGUAUCUACUACCUACACCACACCACACAAAUCACCAACCAUGUCUCCAUCAACCCAAUUCCUCAAUCUCCUCAAGGCUCGUCGUACCAUCUACGCUCUCAGCAACAAAUCUACCAUCCCAGAUAGCAAGAUCCAAGAGAUCGUCGAGCAAUCAAUCCUGCACGUUCCUUCCUCGUUCAACUCGCAAAGCACGAGAGCUGUUUUGUUGCUCAAGGCUGAGCAUGAGAAGCUUUGGGAUAUUACCAAGGAGGUUUUGAAGGGUGUUGUUCCUGCGGAUCAGUUUGAGGGAACGGCCAAGAGAAUUGAUGGAUUUAGAGCUGGUUAUGGAACUGUCCUUUUCUUCGAUGAUAGAAAGGUGGUCUCUGAAAUGCAAUCCGCAUUCGCUACCUACGCAGACAAAUUCCCCAUUUGGGCUAGUCAAAGUGAUGCUAUGACUCAAUAUGCCAUCUGGGUUGCUUUGGAAGCCGAGGGAUUGGGCGCAAACUUGCAACAUUAUUCUCCAUUGAUUGAUUCCAAGGUUGCUUCUGAAUGGAACAUUCCAGCUGACUGGGAACUCAACGCCCAACUUGUUUUCGGUACUCCUGUUGCCGAAGCUGGAGAGAAGACCUUCAAGCCUAUCGAGGACAGAUUCAAGGUUUACGGUGCUUAGAUGGGUGUUUGAGGAUGUACUAAUAGUUGUGGAGGGAGAGGGCUUAGGAUGGAGAGAAGUGCUAUGAUAUUGCAAGUUGUGGUGGAGGAACGGUAGAUAGGGAGGAUACUGACAAACUGGUCAUACCAUUACUGAUACAAAAAUAGGAUGGUUUAGAUUAGAUCAGAUUAGAUGAAUGAUACGAUAUGAUAUGAAAUUAUA